AUGAAGAAUAUUUCAAUGUUUAAUCAACCCAUAACAUGGGUGCUGUUGGAUAAUUAUACAGUGGGACUUAAAACACUGGAAGGUAUGGAGCACGAAAUAGAAACUGUUUUAUUUGGUAUUUAUUUUCAAUAAUUUGAGGUAGCUCGUGAAUCGCAUAGAAAUAACAUGCCUGCUUGUUCUCUUCCUCUCAAGCACACGGGAUGGCCUUUGUCAGAUCAGAUUAGUAUGCUGCUAGAAUAUCUUAUCAGAGCCUGGGUGGAUCGUUCUCCAAGACUAGUUUUUGUGUCUGUACUAGGAAAUGGCCAUGGAUGAUGCUUCAAACUUUUAUCGGCGAUCAAAUAAUUUGAAUUCAUUUUUUCACCUAAUAUAUAGCUUUUCAACAGCGAUUUAUAUGUUGGCCCGUGUCCCAGGCAUGUAGAUUAAAUACUGAUCUUAGAUCAGCUUACGCUCCAAAAGCAACAGGUCAACGCCGGUAGUGUUCUUGGAUACUUUAAAAAAAAGGGUUUUUUUUUUUUACAUUACUGGAAAAUCUUGAUCUUCAUUCCACAAGGUAUCUCUCUGCCCAGCAUAUUUCGCUGCCAAUUCCUCACCCGUUUGACCUUGUCCUCCUUCGAUCCCUUCGUUCCCAGGUUUGCUGCCCCCCAUUGUGGGGAAGAAGCUUGGCGACUGCUCCCCGCUGAAUCCCUUCUUCUCGGCAAAGAAGCAGAGCCUUAGCGCCGCCCUGUUCCAGAUCCAGAGGAUGCGGUCCUCCAAGACGGGUGGACCCGGCGGCGGGAAGAUCAGCAUCGGGCCGGAGUCCAGAGCCGCCGGAGAGAGAGAGGGAGCGGCGGAGGAGGAAUCAGGGCUCGUCUACCGGGGGCCGAUCUCGUCGACGAUCAAGAAGGUGAAGCUGCUGUCCCUCUCCACCUGCUGCCUCUCGGUGUCACUGGGCCCGGUGAUCACGUUCAUGACCUCGCCGGAGAUGAACGUGAUCCUCAAGGGCGCCGUCGCCUCCACCGUCAUCUUCCUCAGCGCGUCGACGACGGCGGCGCUGCACUGGUUCGUGAGCCCGUACGUCCACAAGCUCCGCUGGCGUCCCGGCGCCGAUAGCUUCGACGUCGAGAUGCUGUCGUGGCUGGCCACGCCGCUGCCGAGGACGGUCCGGUUCGCCGACGUGCGGCCGCCGCAGACGCAGCGGCCGUUCGUGACGUUCAAGGCCGGCGGCGACUUCUACUUCGUCGACGGUGAGCACUUCCGCGACAAGGCCCUGCUGGCCAGGCUGACCCCGGAGAAGACUCCAUUUCAAUCCGCCCUGAAGAACCUGUGA